CUUCGUCAAAGAAGCCUACUACUAUAUCAUGUUUAGGAAUCUGUGACUAUGAACUAAUUAUCUCUCCUUCCUCCCAAAGUGUUCACAUUCCUUUUGAACACUUUAUCCAUUAUUUGACCAGAUACUCAAGUGUCCGUUCUAACAAAGAAAAUACAUGUUUUCUUAAAUGGAAGGCAAUCGGUAAAGAGACAAGAUCAGGUGGGACCAUAAUAGCCAAUCAGAGGGCAGACAUGCGUGUUUCCACAGCCACAGACGUCUAUAUCGCAUUUUAAUUUAUUUAAGGUUAGGCAUAAAGUCAGAAGUGUUGUUAAGGUUAGGGUUAAAUCACAUUUUAAUAAGAUACAUUUUAGAAAUGUGCGUGGUUUAUGGCUUUGUUUGUGGUAACUAGUAACGUCCAGGCACUACUACCAUAUUAUUUUUUUAUUUAACCAGGUAGGCCAGUUGAGAACAAGUUGUCAUUUACAACUGCGACCUGGACAAGAUAAAGCAAAGCAGUGCGACAAAAACAACACAGAGUUACACGUGGGAUAAACAAAGUACAGUAAAUACCACAAUAGAACAUCUGUAUACAGUGUGUGCAGAUGAAGUAAGGAGGUAAGGCAAUAAAUAGGCCAUAGUGGCGAAGUCAUUUCAAUUUAGCAAUUAACACUGGAAUGAUAUAUGUGCAGUUGAGGAUGUGCAAUUAUAAAUACUGGUGUGCAAAAGAGCAGAAAAAAAAAAUAUGGGGAUGAGGUAGGUAUUUGGUUGGAUGGGCUAUUUACAGAUUGGCUGUGUACAGCUGCAGCGAUCAGUAAGCUGCUCUGACAGCAAAUGCUUGAAGUUGGUGAGGGGGAUAUAAGUCUUCAACUUCAGUGAUUUUUGCAAUUAGUUCCAGUCAUUGGCAGCAGAGAACUGGAAGGAAAGGCGGCCAAAGCAGGUGCUGGCUUUGGGGAUGACCAGUGAAAUAUACCUGCUGGAGUGCAUGCUACAGGACAAAUCUAGCCCGUCCCCCUCCACCUUCCCAGAGUCCCCAGGUCAAUCGCCUCCCUGUACUUUACUGCUGGGUCUGGUCGACUGCAGGAAAACACCGGGGCAGAGUGGAACUGAGAGAGGAGAAGAGGAACAUGGAGAUGUGAUUUCAUUAAGUAAGAACCAUGGGGACAUCCCUAAUCGUUGCUCUCUCAGUGGGAGGGGCUUAUCAUCUGGGGAGCCUCAACAUCAUGAUGCUGACAAGAAAGAGAAGAGUCUCUCCAGAUCAGAACACCUCAAGAAACACCAGCAUAGAGGUAUAGGGAAGAAACCUCACCACAGCUGCUCUGACUGUGGGACGAGUUUUGCUAAACAGAAGGAUUUGAUCAUUCACAAACGGAUUCACACUGGAGAGAAACCGUACCACUGCUCUCAUUUUGGGAAGAGUUUCGCUGCAUCUAAAACCUUAAAAUCUCAUCAGAGAAUUCAUACAGGGGAGAGGCCUUACCCAUGCUUUGAUUGUGGGAAAUGCUUCAAUCAGUCAGGAGACCUGACUACACACCAGCUCGUACACAAAGGAGAGAAGUCUUAUAGCUGUGAUCAGUGUGGGAAGAGCUUCAAUAAAUCAGGAGCCCUGACUAGACAUCAACGCAUACACACAGGAGAGAAGCCUUAUAGCUGUGAUCAGUGUGGGAAGAGCUUCAAUCAAUUAGUACAUCUGACCACACACCAACACAUACACACAGGAGAGAAGCCUUAUAGCUGUGAUCACUGUGAGAAAAGCUUCAGUAAUUCAGGCGCCAUGACUAGACACCAACGCAUACACACAGGAGAGAAGCCUUAUAGUUGUGAUCAGUGUGGGAAGAGUUUUGCUCAAGAUUUCUCCCUGACUACACACCAACGUAUACACAGAGGAGUGAAGCCUUAUAGCUGUGAUCAGUGUGGGAAGAAUUUCUGGACCUCAGGACACCUGACUACACACCAGCGAAUACACACAGGAGAGAAGCCUUAUAGCUGUGAUCAGUGUGGGAAGAAUUUCUAUACGUCAGGACACCUAACUACACACCAACGCAUACACACAGGGGAGAAGCCUUAUAGCUGUGAUCAGUGUGGGAAGAGUUUCAAUCAUUCAGGAUCCCUGAUUAUACACCAACACAUACACACAGGAGAGAAACCUUAUAGCUGUGAUCAGUGUGGGAAGAGUUUCAAUCAUUCAGGAGCGCUGACCACACACCAACGCAUACACACAGGAGAGAAGCCUUAUAGCUGUGAUCAGUGUGGGAAGAGCUUCAAUUAUUCAGGAAACUUGACUGCACACCAACGCAUACACACAGGAGAGAAACCUUAUAGCUGUGAUCAGUGUGGGAAGAGCUUCAGUCGAUCAGGAGACCUGAUUACACACCAACGCAUACACACAGGAGAGAAGCCUUAUAGCUGUGAUCAGUGUGGGAAGAGCUUCAAUCGAUCAGGACCCCUGACUAUACACCAACGCAUACACACAGGAGAGAAGCCUUAUAGCUGUGAUCAGUGUGGGAAGAGUUUUGUUCGAGAUUCCAAUCUGAUUGCACACCAACGAGUACACACAGGAGAGAAGCCUUAUAGCUGUGAUCAGUGUGGGAAGAGCUUCAAUCAAUCAUUAGAACUGACUAGACACCAACGCAUACACACAGGAGAGAAACCUUAUAGCUGUGAGCAUUGUGGGAAGCGCUUCAAUCAAUCAGGAAACUUGACUAAACACCAACGCAUACACACCGGAGAGAAGCCUUAUAGCUGUGAUCAGUGUGGGAAGAGUUUUGCUCUAGAUUUCACCCUGACUACACACCAGCGAAUACACACUGAGAGAAACCUUAUUCCUGUCUAUGUGGAAAGAGCUUUGCUCAUUCAGGGUCACUGAAAAAACACAAUGCAGCACAAACAUGUUUUCUUUUAUCUCCCUCCUCUCAGGCACCGGUUCCAGAUCCCUAAAUAAAGUUUAAAUAAAAAACAUCUUGUAAAGAGUUAUCUCCCAUUCUCUAAGUCUGAUUACCAUGGUAACCUGUGUUGCUAAUAUGCAGCUCUGGAUCCAUAUGUAUCAAGCGUCUUGGAGUAGGAGUCCUGUGUGUGGGGGGGGUUUUCAGAGCUGUAUGUUAUUUCAUUAACUCCUGUUAUCCAUUAAAUAAUGUAGGAUAAUGCUUCAACAAUGGUAGGUGUAUAUUCAUGUGUGGGGGAAAUGUUGUCUGAAGACAGAGUCUUGAAUUGUACUUGUCUCAUACAAUCAUUGGUUCCUGUAGGUAGAGAUAUGAGGGUAGACGGUCAUGACCCCCUCAGACCUUUUGGCAGAAGGCCCAGAAUAUGUUCUAUAUGUUAAGAUCGGAGACGGUUCCAGUCACAUGCAGUUCCAGUCACAUGCAGGAUCCAAACGUUAAUGAUGAAUUAGUUAUGAAUAAUGUAAAUCAUGCAAAUAUAACUUGUCUGUGUAAGCAGUAUUUUAGGGAACUAAAGACUACCCUGAAAGAGCUCCAGAUCGAUGUUUACUCUGGUGCUUUAAGUUUGUUGGAACCUCUCCAGCUGGCUGAUAAUAAAUAAUUAUUAAUUGAA